AUGGUUCAGUACCAUUUUGUGGCCCUCGCCGCCGCCGCCACCGCCGUCACGGCCAAGAUCUCGGUCCAGGUACAUCGCAACUUGGAAGUCGCCAAGCAGUCGAACGUCGUGGUCAAAUAUCACUGUGACGAGGCCCACGAAACCCACCGCCGCCGACUCAAGGCCGGCGCGUCUCGCUCCGAAACCAUCGCGUCGCUGGUUGGUUUGUUGAAGGAGCACACCACCAAGUCACAGGCGCCGGUCAAAUCGCUCCUGGCCAACCAAGUUGAAUCGGCGGCUGUGGAAGUGGCCACGACAUGGAUCGACUGCUCCACGUACAUCGACAACGCCCCCAACGACCUCAUCAACGAGAUCGCGGUGUUGCCGGAAGUCAAAUCCAUUGACGAGCCAGUUGUGAUGGCAUUCGCUGAAUCCAAAAGCGGCGUCCAAGAAGAGAGUGCUGUCAAUGAGGUCAGCGGAUGGGGGGUCGAUAGGAUCCAAGCGCCGGCGCUGUGGGCCAAAGGUAUCAAGGGCGACGGCAUUGUCGUGGCCAGCAUCGACACCGGGGUUCGCUAUACCCACGAGGCGUUGAAGUCCAACUGGCGAAGUGAAUACGGUUGGUUCGACCCGUACAACAAGACUGAGCUGCCCAACGACUCGUCGGGCCGCGGCACUCACGCCAUGGGCAUCAUGGUGGGAAACACGCAAGGUAUUGGUGUCGCCCCCAAUGCCAAGUGGAUUGCGUGCAAAGGGUGCGAGGACGACUCGUGCCAGCAACAUAUGCUGGUGCAAUGCGCUCAAUUCCUAUUUUGCCCCCACGAUAAAGACGGCAACAACCCCGACUGCGACAAGGCCCCUCAUGUGAUCUCCAACAACUGGGGGGGGUCCGCGACCUUUGCCAUUAAAUCAGUGAUUGCAUCGUGGCGAAGUGCGGGAAUCAUUCCCGUGUUUGCGAACGGCGACAAUGGCUCUAAAGGAUGUGGGUAUAUGGAUUAUCCAGCCGCAUCCCCUGAAGUGAUUUCUGUCGGCUCCAUUGACACCAGGGGUUACGUGACGGGCAGUUCAAGUUUGGGACCUUCCACAGUGGGCGACCUCAAACCAGACAUUUCGGCUCCUGGUAGCCUCAUCCGUUCCGCAGUACACUCGGAUGACGAUAGCCUUUGGUUCAGAUCUGGCACGAGCAUGGCUGCGGCUCAUGUUUCUGGAGCCAUUGCCUUGUACUUGUCUGCAAACAAAGACGCCACGUAUGACCAUGUGUACACGGCCCUGGCCAAAAAUGUGGACACGGACACGUUAUUUCCGUCCGAUAAGACCUGCGGUGGUAUACCCAACACGCAAUACCCCAACAACGUCUAUGGCUACGGCCUCUUGAACAUCUUUAAGGCCGCGACUGCUCCUCCCCCGAAGUGUACCACUUGGGUCGAUAAUUUCGAGGUCAGCGGGAAGGACAUCAAGGCAGUGCCCAAACUCACCGCCGACGAAUGUUGCGACGAAUGCCACAACACUCCCAACUGCAAUGCGUUUACGUUUACGCAAGACAACGGUGGCACGUGCUGGCUUAAAGCUGUUUUUGGUGAAUUUAGGCACAAGUACAAAGAAGGCUCCAAGUCUGCACGAGUACUCCACCCAAUCAACCCCCCAACCAUUUGUGGCACCUUGGAAGAAAACACGGACUAUCCUGGCAACGACAUCACCUCCACGAGUCAAACCUCCGCCGACGCGUGUUGUGGGGAUUGCAAAGCGACUUCUGGGUGCAAACUGUUCGUGUGGUCCAAGCACAACGGCGGGACCUGCUGGCUCAAGCACACCCAAGGCGCCAAGGUGACUGUGGUUGGAGCCAAGGCAAGCCUUUUCCUGGCAGGACCACCGUCGUGCGGCGCCGUCGAGUCAAACGUGGACUUUGUGGGCCAAGACGUCGCGAACGUGAAGGCGGACCAAGCGGUCGACUGCUGCGCAGCGUGCCAAAGCAACCAAGCGUGCAAUGCGUACAGUUGGUCCAGUGGCGUGUGCUACUUGAAGGGUCGUCGGGCGGAGACGAAAAUGACGUCUGGGGUGGUGUCCGUCCGCGUGUACAAGUGCAGUUCGUUGGAGUCGGAUGUGAAUUACGUGGGCUACGACCUGUCGGCAGUAGAAGCUGACGUGGCGGACUGCUGUGCAAUCUGUCGUCAAACGAGUAAUUGUGGCGCGUUUAGCUGGGGCAAUGGCGUGUGCUACCUGAAGACCUCCAAGGGAGGCAGGCAAACCUUCGGCGGAGCGAAGUCUGCAGUGGUGAACUAAUGCGUGG